AUGAAAUUCUUCAUUCUUCCCACUGCCCUUUUGAUCAUUGGAAUUCAAUGUGGAUAUCCAGUUGCUCCGAAUAGUUAUCCAACUCCUCCGGAUUCGUAUGUAGUCCCUAAACAAUCCUAUCCAACUGCUCCAGGAUCUUAUGCCACGAAACACUCUUAUGGACACCGAUCGCCAGUUGCUCCACCUCCACCACCUCCACCAGUAGGUGGUGGAGGUCAAGUAUCCAGUGGAUACACUUCUGAUGAUGAGUCAAUAACUGUCAAUUCGGCCCCUGCUCCACCUGCUCCACCGACUGAUGCUCAAGUUGUUGGCUCUUCUUCCUCCAGUUCCAAUUAUGGAGGCUCCUCCCCAACAUACGGAGGAACCAUGUCUUCUGGAGGAAUCGUUGGGGGAAACUCUCUUAAUUAUGGAACCUACAACUCUGCUGUCUCCUCGCCAUCUGCAUCUGAAUCUGUCACUGGAGGAGGAGCUUCGUCUGGAUACCGUCGCCGUGCCAAGGCCAAGGCUCGUGCUCGUGCUCGUGCCCGUACCGUCGUUAACCGUCGUUUCAAACAACGUCGUCAUUUGACUCCAAUUAGACGAUUCCACAAGAAAGCCAAACACUAA